AUGACACUCAUCACCGACUCCAAGGGCCCUGCCCCCAUUAUCGAAGUCGCCUCAACCCCAGCCCUCACAGCCCUAAUGGCAACCUUUUGCGCCCCUUCCACAACCCCAAAAAUAAUGCAAGACACCAUCCACGCUCUCACCCACCAAAUUCUCACAACAGCACACACCCACGACCCAGCCCUCGCCCACACCCCCACAACCCUAAUCCCCAUCCUCCGCGGCGCUCUCCCCAUGCUCGUCGCCGCACAGCCCAACCUCCCACUCUCCUCCAGCAUCCUCGCCCGCUGCAGCAAGACCAAAGGCACCGCCGACGUGGUCGUCGAGUGGCUCGGCCGGCGCCCGUUCCCGGCGGCGCAUGACGACGGCCGGCUCGUCGUGCUGGACACGGUCGUCGCGACGGGCGACACGAUCGUGCAGCUGUGCGCGGAGUUGUGUGCACUCAGCAGUGGUACUCCGUCCAUGGUGGUGUGCUGCUGCUAUGCGGCGCCGGAUGCGCUGGAGCGGGUGGCGGCGUGUCCGGGCGUGGAGUAUGUAGUUGUGGGGCAGCGGGCGGAGCGAUGUGAUGAGCGGGGAUAUCUAGUACCGUAUACACAUGGUGAUAUUGGGGAUAAGAUCUACGGGGGGAGAAUGGUUGAGGCGGAGGGACCGGUUGUAGCAGCAGGAGAAGAUGUAUCGCGGGUGAUGGUGGGGGUGGAGGCUUUGCUGGUUGAGAAUGGCGGGGCAUGGCGGUUGGAGAGUGAGGGAUUGGCGAUUCAGCGAGACUUUCAGUUCGCGGGGUUUAAUAAGGCGUGGGCGUUCAUGAACAAGGUGGCAGAGGCUGCGAAGGAACAUCGGCAUCAUCCCGAGUGGACGAAUAUCUAUAACAACGUUUCCAUCCGGUGGACCACUCACGACCCCAAAGGCUUGACAAGUUUAGAUGUGAAUAUGGCCCAACUAUGUGAUAGCUUUGUAUAA